AUACAUAUGUUUUCAAUUUGUUUUAAUAUUAACCUAGCAUUAUUAGUAAAAAGUUUUACUGCUGUUUAUUCCAUUUAAAUAAUUAUGAAAACUCAAUUUUAUAUGAGCAGAAUUUCGUCUUGAAAACACAUAACCAUUAUUAACAACUUUCUCCGAAUUAUUUUUUAUGAAAAAGCCCCGAAUUUUUUAAAAGCAGAAAGUUGCGCAGAUUUAAACACAGAGUUAGAAAGGUGUUAGGAGCAUGUCGACGGUAGAAAAUAAUAAGAAAGAGACGACCAACAGGCCGAGGAGUGUUUAUACAGCUCAUACUAUUCCACCCAUAGAUGAUCCUACGUACACGCAUCAGAUGUUCGAUAUUCCACCGAGCGAAGGCACCGGUUGGUCUUCAUCGAUGUUCGGAAGCGCAGGAAGCAUCUACAAUUCGGCAUCUUUGGCGGCACCCAUUUGGAGACACCCGAGGGCAAGUAAGCUGUAUCCCUACUUCCCCCCUGAUGACCCACUAUUGUUCCCUUUUGAAAACGACCCGACGGAAGGAAUACCUGGAACGGCACUGGCCACUCCGCAUGGCACCAUCUCCCUCAGACUCAACCACAAAAUGAGGGUCGAUUUGACCAUCGACAGGGCCGUUAGAGUAAUUAACUUUAAAAAUAAUAUUGUGAUUGCAAUGAAUGCUACUGGCUCUGCAUGCGCUUUACUUCAUCCGAAUGGAAGAGUCCACCAGUAUGGAAGCAGAGUUGAAAUAAUGGCACACGAUGCUCGAGGAAACCAUAAGUUUGCAAAAAUGUGGUAUAAAGGAGUAAGUUUCACGUCAGACAAUUGCGCCCUUGUGUAUCUAGUCGACUCAGCAGGCACCCGAACGACUACGGACAACUUUUCUGAUUUGACCCAAGACUUCUCGCUUGCAGUCUACUACAGUGAGUCCCGGCAUGGCCCAGCCUAUAUCGGCGAUGCUGUUACCAUGAUCCAGUCUGCCCAGUACUGGGUCACCGACGAAGGUGUCGAAAACUGGAUCGUCAACAAUGUCAGGAUAUCUCAAGCACCAGACGGAUUAGUCAGGGUUGCAAGAAACAGUAACAAAUACCAUCUGAGGACUUCAGCAACUAAUGGGACUGCAUCAAUGACAACACCAUUUUUGCACUGCACUGCUUCAAUGGGUACGACAUCGCAUCUUUUUGUCCGCCGAGGAGAGAGAAGAAUGCACUUUGAUGGGUCGAGCUUUAUUGUGAGGAAUGCUGGGCACUCGGCCGGCUUCGACGAAAAAACACAACUUAAAGUAUUUUGAGAGAAAGAGGCCAGAAAACACGAUGCUUCAACGGAUUUCCAUAAAUAUCAGAAUAAUUUGUUAUUUUUUAUCACCAAAGUUUACAUCUUGUCGGGACGCUUAUUAUAGUUUUGUAUGUCCAGCACUCUGCAAAGCGUAAUGUGGGCUCUACAGUGGAAAUAAAUAAUAGCGUAUUAAUGAGGAAAAAAUGAAAA